CCACCCUGACCAGCUAUUCUGCUGAUUCUGCUGCAAAGCGGGAGGAUGCCACGAAAUACCUAGGCAAUAGUUACCGUGGCAGCAGCAGCCUCCACCACUGGCAGCAGGAAGGUCAGCCAGUGGUGGCCCCCACUUCAUCUUCAUGUAUGAUAGCAGGACAGGGUCCCAACAAGAGCUCCCUGUACAGGACAGAGGACAACAUGUCCGUGUCCACCUACAGCCUGAACAAGCUCCACCCAGACCGAGGCCCUGGCUCCGCCUACUCCUCUGGUUCUGUCCACUCAAUCACCCUCAACCUCAUCCCUCGCCCUAACUCAGUAGCAG